AUGACAGGAGAAACAGACACAGAAAUACCAGAUGUUGUCCUGAACAUAUGUUUCCUUAUUGCAGAUACAGGUGCUGUAUUUACCUUCGGAAAUAGUAAAAUAGCAAACAAUGUGCCCAGCAGGUUAUGGUUAAAGAAUGAUAUACCUGUGCACAUCUCAUGCGGACAGUCACACUCAGCCUUUGUAACAGAGCAGGGCCGUUUGUUUGUGUUUGGAAGUAAUAACAGCGGUCAGCUUGGUCUACAAGCCAAAGGACCAGUUAAAAGACCGAUCUGUGUUAAAGUUCUUAAAGGGGAGAGAGUUCAGUUGGUUGCCUGUGGGACUGAUCACACACUCGUAAGCACCUCACAAGGGGAGAUUUUUGCGGCUGGAGGAAACAGUGAUGGACAGUUGGGACUGGGCCACUGUAAUGGCAGUGUCUCUUUCCAGCGCCUCCGCCCCUUUUGUGACUAUGCUCCAAUCAAAUUGCUCUGUGCAGGUGACCACACCUCUGCUGCACUUACAGAGGAUGGCAGGCUGUUUCUGUGGGGUGAUAACUCUGUUGGUCAGCUUGGUUUGGGGAAUGACAGUCAUGCCUUGUUGCCUAAAGAGCUGAAAUUGGGACAACCCGUUCAGUCGGCCUCAUGUGGAUACAGACACUCGGCUCUGGUCACAGAUAAUGGGGAUGUUUUCACUUUUGGGGAAAGUGCAGAUGGACGACUGGGUCUUUCUGCUCAUCUGCUGGCCAAUCACAGUUGUCCCCAGCGAGUAGAAUCUCUGCACAGGGUUCUGCAGGUGGCAUGUGGAGGCAAGCACACACUCGCCCUCACAGAGGAUGAGUUAUAUUCUUUUGGCCGUGGGGAGUUUGGGCAGUUGGGAUUGGGGACGAUGAUGUUUGUAGCAGACGCACCUGUAGCUGUCGGCCACUUCAGGAAAGGCAGGGUCACCCAUGUCACAUGUGGCGAAAACCACACUGCGCUUAUAACAGAUAGUGGUCUUCUGUACACAUUUGGAGAUGGCCGUCAUGGGAAGUUAGGCCUUGGAGACGAGAACUUCACCAAUCAGUUCAGUCCAACUGUGUGCCAGAGGUUCUUUGAUUACUCUGUCAUGACUGUGGCAUGUGGUUCCAGUCACAUGCUGGUGUUCGCACGGCCACGGCAACAGGAAAGUGAAGAAGUUUGUUUAGAGGAUGAAGAUGUUACCUACUCUUACCUGGACAGGUGUUAUACCUCAAUGUUACAGGGGCAACCAUUAGAACAUAUUCCAGACCCAGCUCUCGUCUCACAACUGACCUUUCUCCCCUCAUCUCUUCCAACCUCUCACCGCUGGAGACUAUCAACACGGGCCAGACGGAGACAGAGGAAGAGCUCAUCUGCACAGUUUGGUCCAGAAUUUUGCAAUCUUCCUCCCCUUACAACUGGCUUUACUGCACUAGCCCUGACAGGCAACAUCCUUCAACCCAGAUCUCCAACAGACACUCCUAAACGCUUCAGAACUGAUGCCCCUGUGGAAUCUUCUUCUACCUCAAUCACACUGCCUGUCAGGACACUUCCACUCACACCCAUCACUAAGAGCACAGAGGACUGCCAUAGUGUUGGAACAUCUGAAAACAGCGUGUCAGACAAGACACGUGAACAGCAUAAGCACAAGAUGGCAAGAGCCUCUUCUAUUGGGAAGGAAGAGAAUGUUCCUCAGGCUCUGCCCACUGAAGUACAGGCUGGUUCUGUUUCUCAUCCAUCAAUGACAGAAUCUCCACCACCAAGCAAUCUUAAACAGAAGAAGCCCAGGUCUGGAGAUCCAAAGAACGCUGCUACGCAGGAGGAACGUUUUUAUGCUACAGCAUCACAAAGCAAAAUGCAAUCCAAAACAUACAAAAAACCUAUCCAGAGUACAAAUAAUAAAUCUAAAGGUGAAGCAGUAGAGGUCAGAUCAUCUCCAGAGAGAAUGUCAGCUAAAGAAAGGGAGGGAUGCAGUGAAACAUGCAGUAUUAGUAUUGAUUCAAGGCACAAAGUUUCAAAAGCAGGUCAAGGUCAAGAGGUCACUACUCUUGCUGAGAUGGAGCACGAGACCAAGUCGAAAAUUCAAAAUACAACUUCUCCAGUUCACGAAGUCAAGGAAGUUAGAACAAUGCCUACAAAAGUUUUAGAGGUCAAAUCACAUAAAAUUAAAGAGGAGGGUAUUCCAGUAAGAGCUACAAAAAGGGCCAAGUCUCCAGUCAAGGAUCAAGACGUGCCCUCUGGAAGUAUGGAAGUUAGUGUGGUUGAAUCAAUACUUCAGGCAGGUCCUGCUCAAAAAGACAUCAAGCCAUCCCUUGGAAAGGCUCAAGAGGUCAUAUCAACACUGAUCGACACACAAGAACAGGGAAACCCAUCAGUCAAAAUUCCAGCCAAAUUGCAAAACACUCCCAAAAAAGGAAAUCAUGUUGACACAGAAGAAAACCCUGGUGAACUUACACCAAAGAAAGCUAAGAAGAAGAGAUCAGAUGUGGAAAGAGCCCCAAAGAAAGAAAUAGCACCCAAAACACCCAGCUCUCUAUCAGUUUCCAUACCCACACGAAUGUCUAAAGCAAAAAAGGGGAAACCCGUGGAGGCUGAAAACUCAAACGUCCAGCUUAGAACUGAGAUGCUAGCACAAGUCAAAAGGGAAAAUGAUAGUAAAACACCUCAGAACUCCAAUAUGUCAUUCCCCCCUAUAGAGAACAGAAAAUCAGGAGGAGCUUCUGAAAUAAGCCAAUCCGCUUCCAACCUGCAGUCUGAGCAUACAAAUAGCCAGUCGCCCACUGAUAAACUGCUUACUGAACAGAAAUAUGAAUUUCCAUCAAUUAAAAGCUUAACUCCAGAAAGAGGCCACUCAUUUUCCAGUUUAUGGUCCAAUAAUGAAUCAGCAACUAGUAAAUCUUCCACCAUAAAAGAAAAUGAAUCACCAUCUGGUAAUUUGUUAAGUCUAUCACCACAAUACAGGCAGUCACCACUAAAUGAAAUUAAAUUAGAUGGCAAAUCAGUUGAACCUGAAGAGCCAGACAGGAAGCCACAGGCUGAGCAGAGCAUUAUGGGUAGUGUAGUUUCACCACUAGCAGCCAUGGCUAUAAUUAGUGCUGCACCACUACUUAUAACAGCUGCUGAAGUUUUUUCUGAAACUUCACCAGAACAAAGUAAUACGAUGUCCUUGUGUGCAUCAAUGUCCCAAGAAGUAGCAGGAAACAAUUUCCUGCCAGAACACGAAGUGGACCUGGGCAGCACAGUUCAGGAUGUAUCAGCACAAUACGUACAAAACAAGCUUGUUUCAGAUGAAAACAGAAAAAUGGAGAAAGAAAUAGAUGUGAAGGAUAGCGAAACAGAGAGAGCGGAAGAAAGAGGUGAAGAAGAGACUCUCGCUGAGGAUGAAGAGGAAAGUGAGGGGGUUGGGCAGAAAAAAGAGAACAGUGUUGUUGAAGAUGAAGAAGAAAGAGAAAGUGCAAGUGCUCAAAAGGGAGAGGAGGACUGUGAGGUAGAGGAGGGAGAGGAAGAGGAAAGUGAGGCAGCAGGGGAGGAAGAGGAUGACAGCAAUAGUGGACAGAGCAGUAAAAGUGAGGGGGAGAAGAGUGAAGAAGGAGGAUGUGAAGAUGUGACUGAAAGAGAAGAAGAGGAGAAUGAGGGUGAGGAUGGAGAAAUGGAAGAAGAGAAUAAAGAUGAAGAGAGUGGUGGUGAAGAUGAGGAAGAAGAGAGGGAGAGCUGGGAUGGAGGGAGUGAGGGAGAGAUGAAAACCGAUCCAGAGGAGGAGCAGGAAGGAGAGAACAGUAAUGAUGAGAAAACGGAAGUAGGUGAACAAUCUGACAGUGAGGAUGAAAAUAAAAAUGUGAGAUCAGAUGAAGACGAAGGAGAGAGCGAAGAAAAUGAUGGGCGUGAAGAAGAAGAGAAUGAAAUAGAGGAAGGAGAGGGAGAGCAGGAAGAAAAGGGAGACGAAAAGUGUGAGGAAGAAGAUGAGGAAGGAAAUGAAGAUGAGGAGGAAAAUCAAGAAGAAGAGACUGAUCAUGAAGAGGAGGAGGAGGGAAACAGAGACCAGGCAAAAGAGGAGGAAGAAGAAGAGAAUGGCGAAGAGGAGGAGGGAGAGGAGAGUGCGAGAGAGAAAGAAGAACGACAGAAUGAGGUGGAAGCUAAAGACGAAGAAAAGGUUUCCGAGAAAGAUGGAGAUGAAGAAAGACAGGAAGGGAGUGAACAGGUGGAGGAAGAUGAUGGAGACAAAGAAGAGGAAAUGGAUACAAGUGAAGUGAAAUUUAGAGAAGAAGAGAAUCUGGAUCUCUCAGAGACACCGGACGUGGACAGAGAAGAUGAAGAUGAUGAGGUAGACAAGCUGAAUGAAAUGAUGGAAGAAAAUAAUGAGGAAGAGAAAGGAAGUGAAGAAGAAACAGAAGAGGAGGAGAAAGAAACAGACAAGAAGGAAGAGAAUACAAAAACAGACAGAAGUGGCAGGAAACAGAAAGAAUCUACUGAAGAGGAAGAAGAACAUGAAGAAGAGAGUGAGGAAGAGGAGGAGGAGGAGGAAGAAGAAGUAGAGCAGAAAGAAAUGAAAAUAAAAACUGAAAAAAACAGGAGGAAACUGAGAGAAACUAGUGAAGAAGAAGAGAAACAGGAAGAAGAGAGUGAGGAAGAUGAGGAGGAGGAAGAAGCAGAACGGAAAGAAAUGAAUAUAAAAACUGAGAAAAACAGGAGGAAACAGAGAGAAACCAGUGAAGAGGAAGAAUGGGAAGAAGGUGAUGAAGAGGAGGAAGAAACAGAGAAGAAAGAUAAAAAUAUGAAUAAAGAUAAACAUGAGAACAAGCAAAGAGGAAAUACUGAUGAGGAAGAAGAACAGGCGGAAGAGGGCGAGGAAGAGGAGGAAAUGGAGGAGGAAGAAACAAAGCAGAAAGAAAAGGAUAUAAAAACUGAGAAAAACAGGAGGAAACAGAGAGAAACUAGUGAAGAGGAAGAAGAACACGAAGGAGAGAGUGAGGAAGAGGAGGAGGAAAUAGCAGAGCAGAAAGAAAUGAAUAUAAAAACUGAGAAAAUUGGGAGGAUACAGACAGAAACUACUGGAGAAGAAGAGGAGGAAGAAGAAGAAGCUGAAGAGGAGGAAGAAGAAGAAGCUGAAGAGGAAGAAGGUGAGGAAGAGGAGGAAGAAGAAAGUGAGGAAGAGGAAGAAAAGACCAAAAAAGUACCAAAACAGAGAGACAAACCAAAUGUGUUACCUGCGCGCAGACAGGCAAGUGCACAGAGAGACAGACAGAAGACUAGACAAAGAGAUCACCAGAAUAUUAAAGGGAAGAAGCAAACAGGUGGUGCUCAGGACCCUCAGUUCUGGAACAGUGUCCUACCACAGUAUCUGAACCUUAAAUGACCCCAAAUCUGCACACUACAAGCACAGACACCCUGAACAUCUG